AUGACUUUCGCCAAGCAAGAGUAUCUGCUGGUUACUCUUGUGAUGAUCUGCUGGUUUGGUCGAAGUCUCACUUCAUCUAAACAAGAGCAUCUAUGGAAGACACCGGCUGUAUCCCGAUUCUGGAAGGAAGUAACGAAGAAAGAGCAAUCGAUUCGCCUCAUUAGGGCAUCCCAACAUAUUCGGAAAAACGGUAAGCUUACUAAAUAUGCAUAUGAACAAGAGGUAUUAACUGAAGGAAUAAAAUUACCAACAACUCAUAAACGAGUAAAUGAAAUUGAAGGAAAUAUUUCUACACGUAAAAAGCGAAAGUCUUCCUCUGAGUUUCUUCCCUCUUCUGAUGAGAAUACUAAAGAGCUUGACGAAGACGAUGAAGAAAUUAAAUUUGAUUUAGCAAGCAUUUCGAUGGGAUUGCAACGCGAACCAACAUACAAAUGGGAAGUUGGUUAUAUUAACAACCGAUAUUAUCAGAAAGAGGUGAUCAAGGAGGUGGAAAGAGGAGCUUUAUCAUGGUGCUUGUUGGUUAUGUCCGUAUCCUAUGUUUACAAAACAAGAAUGGAAGAAAAUAACAAACAUCAAUCCUUACAUUUUAAACGAACUAUCACUUUCGCCUGA